AGAUGUUCAGCUAAUGGUGAUCACCAGCACUGAGGUCAUUCUCUCAGUGCACCAUCAGGAAUACAGAGACAUGAUUAAAAAUGAUUAUUUUAAUGUACGUUACUACCACAAUUUUGAAUGGUGCAAAAUUCUUUCAACAACUUUUUGUCAGCUACGUCUGGAGAUGCUGCGUGGCAAGUUUCGUGCAGAUAGGACGCACGGCCUAGGCCCAAAAAAAAAGUAGGUGUCCGAUAAAGUGGCCUAUCUUAGUACAUUCACCUCCCUUCAGGGAACGCGUGGAUAUAAGGUUUAUAAAUUUGCGAUCUACGGUAUGGGAGUUAUAGGCCAAAACGCAUAUUUUUUUAUUGUAGCGCCCUCUAGGGGCAGAAGUGUGUCAAUUUUUGUGUCUGAGGUGUGUGGAAGGGUUCUUGACCAAUCCUGAAAGUGGCACUGCUCCAACAUGCAAAGUUAAGGCUGUAGCCAGACUUUUAUCUACGGGAAAAUGAGCAUAAGAAUCUUUGCAAAAACAAUAGGGUUUUGUCAGCACUGCUGGUACAUGGACCCCUAAUAUGAAUAAAACUUUAACUCGAGAGUCAUUGAGAAAUUUGCUGACCAGAAGGAAAAGAGAGCAAAAUUCAUGUUCAAGGAGUAAUCAUCAAUUUUGGUGGUGGGUGGGAGGAUAUAGUUAAAAAAAAACUCAGAGUGAGUGAGUGAGUGAGGGAAUGCGUCAUCUUUGUUACAUAUGAAGUCAUGUUUGUCUGAGAAACCGUCAUUUGGCUUAUAUCCCCUCUGGUAAUUGCUUAGGCAGAUAUAAAGCAAUGAAGGCAAAGUCUUUUUCAAUAGCUGAAGAAGCAACUUGCUCGCUGAGUUGCUGCUCUCCACUCCUUUAGUUUACUCUUUCAGACACAGAAUGACCGAGGCCGAGUUAUAUUCGCUUUACAAAGGGGUCUACGUGCCUUCAUCACUGUACACUCCACGCAGCAUGAAAUACUACGAAGACUUUUCUUUUCGCCAAGAUGAUAUUAUCAUUGUAACGUAUCCCAAGUCAGGCACAACUUGGUCGCAGGAGAUUGUCCCACUGAUCAUGAGUGGAGGCGAUCAGGCCUCCGUUGAGUCUCUUCCUAACUGGGAACGGGUGCCCUGGUUAGAGCAGAACACGACCUGCCAAUUUAAUCUAGAAACAAGGCCGUCUCCUCGCAUCUUCGCUACUCACUUCCACUACAACAUGAUGCCUCCAGGCUUCUUUGAAGUUAAGCCAAAGGUCAUCUAUGUCAUGAGGAAUCCCAAAGAUGUGUUUACAUCUUUGUUCCAUUAUUCUAAAGCAGCCUCCUACUUUGUGAACUCAGGCCCGCAGCGCGAGUUUCUCCACAAGUUCCUUGAUGGAAAAGUGCCUUUUGGUUCAUGGUUUGAUCAUGUAAAGGGCUGGCUGAAUGCUGAAGAUAAAGAUCACAUAAUGUACAUCACCUAUGAAGAAAUGAUCAUUGACCUGAAGGAUUCUGUGGCCAGAAUCGCUCAGCACUUGGAGAAACCUCUAGACACUGAGGUGAUAGAGAAGAUAGCAGACCGAUGUUUGUUCAAGAACAUGAAGCAGAACAAAAUGUCCAACUAUUCUUUGGCUCCUCGUGGAAUAAUGGACCAGACAAAGUCGGAAUUCUUAAGGAAAGGAAUCACUGGAGACUGGAAAAACCAACUAACAGUGGCAGAAGCAGAGUUCUUUGAUGAAGUUUAUAAAGACAAAAUGAAGGAUGUCAAAUAUAAAUUUGUAUGGGAUCAAAAUAAAGUCCAACAUUCUAAAUAAUAAUCACUCCACCAUACAAUGAUGCACAAAGAUGUGUAUGAAUAUAAACAGAUCAUGAGUAUCACCCUAGAGAGUCUUUGACAUGGUAUGUGAAGUUUUAUUCUCUCGAAAUUAUUUGUCAAGAUACUUUUAAUGAAAAAGGUUUUCAGCCUCUAAGAAACGACUGUCCUUAAUUUAAGAUUGCCCAAAAUGUUAUUAUUGAUUUGUGACAAGGCAAUACUGAUAUAUUACAAAUAACCACUAGAUUUAACAUGUUUUCCUCCAAGUGUUAAAAUAAAAUUCCUGUAUUUAUAAUCAUGUAGUUUAUCCAAUUACUUUUGACCUCUGAUAAUGGAGGGAUUACGUAUGUUUAAAUAGCUGUAAUUCCCAAUCUGCUAAUUUGAUAUUUUUGUCAUUUGAAAAAAUUUACAUGUUAAAGUGUACACUUCAUGGCAUUGUUUCGAAUUCAUUAUUGUGCUUUGUAGACCCAAAAAUGAUUAAAAAAAAAUUCAUUGUGAAACCACUCAUAGUCCAAAUGAA